GGAGCCUGCCCGGGGUGGGAGGAGGAGGAGGAGGGACUCCGCCGCGGCAACAACUGACGUGUCCCCGCCAUGGAGCUCGGCGUGAUUCAUCAGCGACGGCAGGCAGGCUGCGGGGUGCCGUGCACCGUCCCCGCAUAGGCACGGCCGCUUCGGGGACAGCUCCAGUGCCGCAUCGCGCUGCUUUUCCGUCUUCUCUAUCGUUGCCUGCACCUGUGCCCCCGCGGCGACGCGACGGGAAGGCAAGAUGGAAGAAAUCCUACGGAAGCUGCAGAAGGAGGCGUCGGGGAGCAAGCACAGGGCCAUCAAGGAGAGCUGCACCUGGGCCAUCGAAACCUUGGAUUCUCCUGACGCUGCUAUCAAGAUACCUCCUUAUCAGCUAAGGGAGAAGUGUCUCCUUCCUCUCCAACUGGCUCUGGAAUCGAAGAGCAUGAAGUUGGCCCAGCAGGCUCUUGCAGGGAUGCAGAAGCUGCUGUCUGAUGAGAGGUUUGUAUCCGUGGAAACAGACUCGGAUGAGAAACAGUUGCUUAAUCAGAUGCUGAAUGCCGUCAAAGUGACCCCUUCGCUCAAUGAAGAUCUGCAGGUUGAAGUGAUGAAGGUCUUGCUUUGUAUAACAUAUACCUCCACGUUUGAGCUGAAUGGGAGCUCAGUGUUGAAGAUUGCUGAGUUGUGUUUUGCAUGCAAUAGAGCUGGAAGUCCCCGAAUGCAUGAAAUGAUCAAAAUGUCCAUUGCAUACCUCCUUGGGGCCCUGAGCUCUCGAAUUUUUACUGGCAAUCCUUCAUCAGUGGCUUUUCAAAAGGUUUGCAUUGAGACAUAUGUAUCUAGCUGUCACCAGCGGAGCAUUAACACCGCUGUGCGGGCAACCCUCAGCCAAAUGUUGAGUGACUUGACUUUACAGUUACGACAAAAGCAAGAAAAUAUGACAAUUGAAAAUAAUGAGGCCCUGCAGAAAUUCAAAAGUCAAGGUACUUCAGCUGAGUCUCUUUGUGAUGAUGUUGUAUCUGUCCUCACUGUGCUCUGCGAGAAGCUCCAGGCUGUCAUAAAUGACAAUCGACAACUUCAGCUUCUUUAUUUGGAGUGCAUCCUCUCCAUGUUAAACAGCUCCUCUCCAACCAUGCACCAGCACAAAGGAUUCACUGAUCUGAUAUGGAAGCAACUGUGUCCAGCCCUAGUGGUAAUCCUGGGAAAUCCAAUCCAUGACAAAACUAUCACCUCUGCCCACAGCAGCAUCUGUCUAGAAGCUGAUUCACCUUCCUCAGGGGUCUCUGAUCAUGGCCGAGGUUCAGGCUGUUCAUCCACAGCACCUGCCCUCAGUGGGCCUGUUGCACGGACCAUAUACUAUAUUGCUGCAGAACUGGUUCGACUGGUGGGGACAGUGGAAUCCAUGAAGCCUGUGCUGCAGUCUCUGUAUCACCGGAUAUUGCUUUACCCACCACCUCAGCACCGAGUAGAAGCCAUCAAAAUUAUGAAGGAGAUACUUGGCAGUCCUCGGAGGCUUUGUGAUUUGGCAGGGCCCUGCUCUUCUGAGUCAGAAUCCAGGAAGAGGUCUAUUUCUAAAAGGAAGUCCCAUCUGGAUCUUCUCAAGCUUAUCAUGGAUGGGAUGACAGAAGCGUGCAUCAAGGGUGGUAUUGAAGCAUGUUAUGCUUCAGUGUCCUGCGUAUUCGCCCUGCUUGGAGCACUGGAUGAGCUAAGCCAUGGCAGGGGUCUUAGUGAGGAACAGGUCCAUCUGCUCCUCCGGCGCCUGGAAGAAUUGAAGGAUGGGACUGAGACAAGCAGGGACUCCAUGGAGAUCAAUGAUGCUGACUUCAGGUGGCAGAGGCGCAUUCUUUCCUCAGAAAAUCCUGCCUGGGAAUCAGGAAAUGAGAAAAGUCCUGAUAUUAGCAUUAGCGUUACCACAGACACUGGUCAGACCACUUUGGAAGGAGAUAUGGGACAGACAACUCCAGAGGAUAAUCUGGAAAGUCAAAAAAACUCACUGCCAUCUCCAGCUGGACAUGAAAGCAAAGAGAUUCAUUAUAGAGAACCAGAGUCAGAAGCCAUUGACCAGCCAGAUGUUGUUCAGAGAAGCCACAACAUAGUCUAUCCAGAUAUAACUAACUUCUUAUCAGUUGAUUGCAAGACCCGGUCUUAUGGAUCCAGGUACAGUGAAAGUAACUUCAGUGUAGAUGAUCAGGAUCUUUCUAGGACUGAGUUUGAUUCAUGUGAUCAGUAUUCCAUGGCAGCAGAGAAGGAUUCUGGCCGGUCAGAUGUUUCGGACAUAGGCUCUGACAAUUGCUCCUUGGCUGAUGAGGAGCAGACACCACGAGACUGUCCAGGUACCAGGUCCUUACGUACUGCUGCUCUCUCUCUAAAGUUGCUGAAAAACCAGGAAGCAGACCAGCACAGCGCACAGCUCUUCAUCCAAUCACUUGAAGCUCUUCUUCCUCGGCUCAUAGCUCUACCCAGCAUAGAGGAGGUGGAUGCAGCACUGCAGAACUUCUCUUCAGCUUUCUGCUCAGUUAUUCACCUUAUCCACGCCCCCAAAGUGACGUCAGUGGAAAGUCCGAGAAGGCAGCAGCACAGAACUUUCAAACCCUCACGAGGUACGAUGCACUCACCAGGAUUUGAAGGAAACCCAAAUUUCAGCUUCCAAACUCUGAUGAAUGCAGACAGUCUCUACAUGGUCUCUCAUUAUACUCUGCUGCUAAACCUGAAAUUGGCCAACUCAGAUUACUACAGGAAGAAGCCUCCCCAAGCUCCCGUGUUGCUGAAAGAGUUCAUGAAGCAGGUACAGUCCAGUGGAGUGUUGAUGAUAUUUUCCCAAGCCUGGGUUGAAGAACUGUACCACCAGGUACUAGAAAGGAACAUGCUAGGGGAAGCUGGAUACUGGGGAAGCCCUGAAGAACACAGCCUUCCACUUAUUACCAUGCUGACUGACAUCGAUGGCUUGGGAAGCAGUACGGUUGGUGGCCAGUUGAUGGCAUCUGCUUCAGCUCAAUCUCCUCUUUCCCAGAAUCAGAAGACAGAUGAUUCUGUUGUUGCAGGAGUUGCUUUUGCCCGAUACCUCUUAAUUGGCUGUUGGAAGAACUUGAUUGACACUUUGUCCACACCGCUGACUGGUCGCAUGGCAGGCAGCUCCAAGGGGCUGGCAUUCAUCUUGGGAGCAGAAGGAGCCAAAGAGCAGAACCAAAAGGAGAAGGACUCCAUAUGUUUGAGUUUGGAUGGAUUGAGGAGGGCAGCCCGCCUGAGCUGUGCCCUAGGAGUUGCUGCUAACUGUGCAUCUGCUCUUGCCCAAAUGGCUGCUGCAUCCUGUGUACAAGAAGAGAAAGAGGAAAAAGAAAUCCAAGAGCCCAGUGAUGCUAUAGCUCAAGUGAAACAGAAAGUGGAGCAGAAACUGGAGCAGAUGGGGAAAGUGCAGGGUGUCUGCCUACACACUGCUCAUGUUUUGUGUAUGGAUGCAGUCCUAAACGUGGGCCUGGAGAUGGGAAGCCACAAUCAAGACUGCUGGCCUCAUGUGUUCAGGGUGUGUGAGUACAUCAGCACUCUGGAGCACACCCACUUCAGUGAUGGCACCUCCCAGCCCUGCCUUACCAUCACCCAGUCACAGCAGGCACCUGGAGGCCCACAUUCAGACACUGAGCUGGGAGAGACUCCUCAGGAACAGACCCCUGAGCAGGAGACCACCCUCAGCAGUAAUCCUGUCAUUCAGCCAGUUUCCAUCCAGGAGCUUGUCAAGGAGAGCAGUAAGGGCAGAGCUUUCGACUUCCGUGGAGGCAGCUUGCUGUGUGGGACCAGUGCUGCCAAGGCUGUUCUCACACUCUCCACACAAGCAGACAGGCUCUUUGAAGAUGCUGCUGAUAAGUUAAAUUUGAUGGCACUGGCAGGCUUCCUUUACCAGCUCAAGAAGGCUUCUCAGGCCCAACUUUUCCAUUCUGUCACAGAUACAGUUGAUUACUCCCUAGCAAUGCCAGGAGAAGUAAAAUCCACCCAGGACAGGAGAAGUGCACUUCACUUGUUCCGACUUGGUGAUGCCAUGCUCAGAAUUGUGAGGAGUAAAUCCCGCCCACUGCUCCACCUCAUGCGCUGCUGGAGCCUGGUGGCACCUCACCUGGUGGAGGCUGCCUGUCACAAGGAGAGGCAUGUGUCUCGGAAGGCUGUCUCUUUCAUCCAUGACAUCCUUACCGAAGUGCUGACAGACUGGAAUGAACCUUCUCAUUUUCAUUUUAAUGAGUCACUUUUCCGCCCCUUUGAGCGUAUCAUGCAGCUGGAGCUGUGUGAUGAGGAUGUGCAAGACCAGGUGGUCACCUCCAUAGGAGAGCUGGUGGAAAUGUGUUCUACCCAGAUCCAGUCAGGAUGGAGACCCCUGUUCAGUGCCCUGGAAACAGUUCACAGCGGCAAUAAGUCAGAGGUUAAAGAGUACCUUGUAGGAGAAUACUCUAUGGGGAAACGCCAGGCCCCAGUGUUUGAUGUCUUUGAAGCAUUCCUAAACACUGACAGCAUCCAGGUCUUUGCCAAUGCCGCCACCAGUUAUAUUAUGUGCCUUAUGAAGUUUGUGAAAGGACUGGGGGAAGUAGAUUGUAAGGAGAUGGGUGACUGUGUGCCAGGAUCAGGAUCAGCAUCUACAGACUUGUGCCUUCCUGCGCUUGAUUACCUCAGGAGAUGUUCUCAGUUGUUAGCCAAAAUCUACAAAAUGCCCUUGAAACCUAUUUUCCUCAGUGGCCGGCUGGUUAAUAUGCCCCGAAGAGUGCAGGAGCAGUCAGCCAGCAGUGAGGAUGGCAUUGAGUGCAUCCUUUCUGACUUUGAUGAUGACACUGGCCUUAUCAAUGUCUGGAUUAUUCUGCUGGAAGAAUUAACAACUGCCAUAUCCAACUGUCCCCGCCAGCACCAACCUCCAACUCUGGAUCUGCUCUUCGAAUUGCUGCGGGAUGUUGCCAAGACACCUGGCCCAGGAUUUGGCAUUUUUGCGGUUGUACAUCUUCUUCUUCCUACGAUGUCCCUUUGGCUCCAUCGCAGCCAUGGUGACCAUUCUUACUGGGAUGUGGCAUCUGCUAAUUUCAAGCAUGCCAUUGGCCUUUCCUGUGAACUCGUAGUGGAGCACAUUCAAAACUUCAUACACUCAGAUAUUGGUUAUGAAAAUAUGAUCAAUACUAUGCUAAAAGAUCUUUUCAAGUUGCUGGUUGCCUGUGUAGCAGAACCAACAGAAAUUAUUUCCAGAGUUGGCUGCUCUUGUAUCAGGUAUGUAUUAGUGACAGCAGGUCCUGUUUUUACUGAAGAGAUGUGGAGGCUUGCAUGUUGUGCCUUGCAGGAUGCAUUCUCUGCCACUCUGGAGCCAGUAAAGAACCUAUUGGGCUAUUUCCACAGUGGUUCUGAAAGCUUUAGUGGAGACGCCUGUGAAGUGAAGGUGGCAGCCCCCUCCCUCUCGCCGAGUGCUGAGGCUGAAUAUUGGAGAAUCAGAGCCAUGGCACAACAGGUCUUCAUGCUGGAGACUCAGUGCUCCCCAAAGACCCCUAGCAACAAGGAGGGGUUCGAACAUGCCCAGUCAUGUGUGCUCGUCAUUGACCUGCCACCAGAUAAGAAACCAAAUGGGCAUACCCAGAGAAGUAUUCCUUUUAGGACGAUAGUGGUGAGCUUGCUGUCACACCAAGUACUGCUCCAGAAUUUAUAUGACAUCUUACUGGAAGAAUUUGUUAAAGGCCCUUCUAACCUAGAGGAGAAAAUGACAAUACAAGUACCAGAAAACAAGUUGGCUGGUUUUCUCAGGUACAUCUCCAUGCAAAACUUGGCUGUCAUCUUUGACUUACUGCUGGACUCCUAUAGAACAGCCAGAGAGUUUGACACCAGGCCCGGGUUGAAGUGCUUGCUAAAAAAAGUGUCUGGCAUUAGUGGAGCUGCCAACCUGUAUCGCCAGUCAGCAAUGAGCUUCAAUAUUUACUUCCAUGCUUUGAUUUGUGCUAUCCUGACAAACCAGGAGAACAUCACUGCAGAGCAAGUGAAGAAGAUCCUCUUUGAGGACGAUGAGAGAAGCACUGACUCAUCACAACAGUGCUCUUCAGAAGAUGAAGACAUUUUUGAAGAAACUGCCCAGGUCAGUCCUCCUCGGGGAAAAGAGAAGAGACAGUGGAGGGCUCGAAUACCAUCUCUGAGUGUACAGCCUGUCAGCAAUGCAGACUGGGGAUGGCUGAUCAAGCGGCUUCAUAAGCUCUGCAUGGAACUGUGCAACAACUAUAUCCAGAUGCACCUAGACCUGGAGAAUAACACAGAGGAGCCUCCAGUGUUCAAAGGCGACCCAUUCUUCAUUUUACCAUCCUUUCAUUCAGAAACCUCCACCCCAUCAACUGGAGGGCAGUCUGGGAAGGACACUCCAUCAGAAGAUGACCGGAGUCAAAUAAGGGACCAAAUGGGAGACAGCCUAACACCACGAAGUGGAGAAAUGCUGCUACUACCCCCACUCUCAAGUCCUAAACCAGAGAAAAAAGAACAAAACAGGAAAAAAGAAUGGUGGGAGAGUGCUGGCAACAAGAUCUACACCAUAGCCACUGACAAAACCAUUUCUAAGUUCAUGACAGAGUACAAAAAAAGAAAGCAGCAGCAGGCCAUGACAUCCUUCACCAAAGAGGUCAAAGUGGAAAAGAAAGGGGAGCUCCUGGGCUCCAGAGGGCAGGACUCACCCAUACUCCAGAGGCCACAACAUCUUAUAGACCAAGGUCAAAUGAGGCAUUCAUUCAGUGCUGGCCCAGAGAUUCUAAGACAAGAGAAGAGACCACGCUCAGGAUCCACAGUCAGCUCCCUGAAUAUAUCUGUCAGGGAUGCAGAGGCCCAGAUACAGGCAUGGACGAACAUGGUGCUGACAGUUCUCAACCAGAUUCAGGCUCUACCAGACCAAACUUUCACAGCGCUCCAGCCAGCAGUGUUCCCAUGUAUCAGCCAGCUGACCUGCCAUGUGACUGAUAUCCGUGUUCGUCAGGCAGUACGGGAAUGGCUGGGAAGAGUGGGCCGUGUGUACGAUAUCAUCAUUUAAACUAGCUGUGCUCUGUUGCAAAGGGGAGAAGACAGCCAGGAUAUACAGCAAAGGGGUAUUUGGGGUUCAUUAACUGCCUAUUUGUUGGUGAUAAAUUAAGAAACAACGAGCUUGUUGAUAUAUUUCCCCUAUCCACUUGAGACUGUGUGUUCCUCACACAUACUCGCAGAGCAGGUGAAGCAUGAAUGUGUCUGGGGGUAUGGAAUGACCCCAGAAUCUGCCAGUAAAUCAGACUGGUAUCUAAAGUCAAAAUACAUUUCAGUAACCUUCAUUUAGAUUCAAAUUUACAGCAGCAGGAGUCACAUCAAACUCUAGGUAAACAUCCACACUUGUAAAUAGCUAUGAAUGGAACCAUCAAACCAGGCAAGCAGGACCUAUAUAACAAAACAUAAAUAAAAAGGUGGCACUUGUUCAGAGUAACUUUUUCCAUUCAGAAAUUGGCAUGAGAGGAAAGCCAAAUAAAGAUUAUUACAGUACUAUAUGCCUUGCUAACUGAAGAAAGUUGAAAUUUAUUUUGCUCUGAGAAGAGCCUUUGAAAUCUGGUGAUAUUCAGAGUAGCAAGUGAGUGAUUGUUAAAGUAUCCCAGGUCUUAAACUGGUGAACCAAGCACAGGCUAUUUGUCCUUUCAUUACCCUUUGAAGUAAUGCUUGGGGAAAAAAGGCACUGUCAACCUGCCUUCUCUACAGCAUCACUCUGGCUACUUCAGCUAUGACCACAGGUGGUCAUUUUUCCACAUAUAUAAUUUCUCCAAAAGGCUACAGGAAGUUUGUUUUGCUGAUUUCUCUGAAGCUAGAGGGGAAAACACACCACAGAGCAAAGCUACAGCCAGUCUACAUGCCACUAUCCAGCACUUACAACACAGUGAAGUGUUCCUCCAGUUCAAGCAACACUGCAGCUAAGCUGACUUUAGCAUCUAUUCUAACUACUGCAGUCAGGACCCUUACACUAAAUUUAGCCUAUCACUCUAUGUUGAAGUUCAUCAAGAUGGAAAAUAGCCUAAAAAUAAUGUAACUAACCUUUCUACUUCUUUCCCCUUUCUCAUCUGCUGUAGUAAACAGGGAACAGAGUCUUAUGUAGCUACAUACUCCCUCUGUGCAGUGCUUCUAUAAGGACUGCUACAAUCUGCCAAUAUUAUUAGCGGGGGAGAGGUGGAAGGAUUGACUACUGUACUGUCAAAUAUUCACACUGGACACAGUGAAGGGUUACUUUUGCUUCACAAAUUAUGUGACAGGGACUUGUACUCCUAUACUACAUCAUUUGUUGAUUAGAUGUUUAAAUAAUUCAUCAGAACUAAUUUAAUCUUGGGUGAUCCCUUAAUGAUGUUCUUCCAAGACUUUUUAAAUGUUCAUACCAACUAAAUAUACAUCUUCGGUCCCUGCAUCCUCAAAAAACGUCAUCUUUUUACAUCAGUCCUGGACUUUGCUCAACUGUUUUUAGCAUCUUGAACCUGAAAAAAUAGAGGGUCAGUAAAAAAAAAAAAAAAAAAAAAAAAAAAA